UGGUACUCUAUGGUUAGCGGAUGUGCUUCGUCUCUAUGGUUAGGUGUCCAGCUGUCUUGCUGGAAGCUGGCUCAGCUUAGGGGCGGCGGAGGCUUAAGUUUCGCGGGUACAUUCAGGGUCCUUCAGGUGGGCAGCGCCGAGUAGAGCAGUGGAAAUGCUUAGAGUUUAGUGAGCUCCUCGGGUCUUGGAGGAGAGCUGUCAGGGGUGUGCUGGGAGUUGGAGUGUUACUGGGGGGGUUGUAGGUAGGAGGGGGAGAGAGAGCAGUUGCUGGGGGUAAGGAGGCCUGUAGGCUCAUUCCCUGACACAGAGUCCCCAGUGCAGUGCGAGCGGCCCCCCAGUGCAGUGCGAGCGGGCCCCCAGUGCAGUGUCGCCGUCUGAUCCAGCAAGAUGUGGUUCAUGUAUGUACUCAGCUGGCUGGCCCUCCUCAUCCAGGUGGCCUUUGUAACCCUGGCAAUAGCGGCCGGACUGUACUACCUGGCGGAGCUGAUCGAGGAGUAUACUGUUGUCACCAGCAGGAUUAUAAAGUACAUGAUCUGGUUUUCUACGGCGGUGCUAAUUGGACUGUAUCUGUUUGAGAAGUUCCCCGGGGUGAUGAUCGGGGUCGGCCUCUUCACCAACGUGGUGUACUUCGGGCUGCUGCAGACGUUCCCGUUCAUCAUGCUGACGUCCCCCAACUUCAUCUUGUCGUGCGCUCUCGUGGUGCUCAAUCACUACUUGGCUUUCCAGUUCUUCGCAGAGGAGUAUUACCCCUUCUCAGAGGUUCUCGCCUACUUCACCUUCUGCCUGUGGCUCAUCCCGUUCGCGUUCUUCGUGUCGCUGUCGGCCGGAGAGAACGUAUUGCCGUCGACGAUACAACAAGGAGAUGACGUGGUGUCCAACUAUUUCACAAAGGGUAAGAGAGGAAAGCGUUCUGGAAUCCUCGUCGUCUUCUCCUUCGUCAAGGAGGCCAUCUUGCCGAGCCGGCAGAAGAUGUACUGAGCCUGCUGUAAAAACCUGUGCAAAAGCAGCCAUGCAGUAUCCCAACGCGCUGCUAAGGAAAACCAGGAAUAAAGCAUCUGGGGGGUUCAUAGCGGCCUGCCAUUAGAUUUGCACAGAAAAGGAGUUUUUCCCCCCCGAAAAAAGGGAUUGUGUUAAGGAAUAUAAACACCGCAGUACGGAUGAAGCACGGUGUGCGGUGGGCUGCGUCUCGUACCCACAUGAACUGAGCCUGAAGUGGGGCUUUCCGUUGCGUGGACACAAAAAAACGAUCAAAAAUAUAUAUCCACCAGUUUGCGGAUCAUGGUGAAAGUUAUUCCUCCCCAGUCUAACCAGUUCUAACAACAGUGAUUCAAGGAAAACUCCAAAAUGCUCUUCCUGCGAAGGAUCGACCCCGUGAUCUAGUUGGAUUUUAACAAACUUUGCUUAGUGCCAAUAGUUUGUACUUUUCAUGUCGGCGUAGCGGCCGUUUGGCCCCCCCUGGACGUUCAGCGGAGGCGUUCGGUAAAAGUAUCGCUCGUUGUGCCAGCGCAUAUUUUGAUUUGUUUGACGCGAGUCAUCGUUCGUCCGCAGCACUGGUCGGCACCCCUGUGAAAUAAAGGCUACGUUUCUUAAUAA